AUGGACUUCCGAGAAUAUUUAUUGAAGAAUGGAUGGUUUAGAUCUACUGAUCCUCCACCAACAACCAAGGGGCUUGGAGAGGUUGUUGCUGCUUCUAAAAGCAAUUUGGACAAAUGUCUAGAUGAUUUAAGUAGUAAUAAUUUGGCGCCAGUCUAUGGAAUUAAAACAAAUGCAGAUGAACAAUAUAAAUGCGUCGAAAAAAUAUUGACUAAGAUGUCGACAAAGAAACCAGUUCCACAACCAAAUAAAGGAUCAGUAGAUAUGAAAAAAUUAUCAAAGAAAACGAGACGACAUGAAGCUUAUAACAGCAACCUUAUCCAACACGGGUGGUCAGUAGUUAACAAAAGCAAGUCUAAGAUCACAGUAGUCAAAUUUCCCGAAUCCACACAAAUGGACGGCAUUUUAACAGCAUCAAAUCGUGAAUGCGAGAACAAAUGCGAGGUUCAAAGUAAAAACAAGACUUUUAAUAAAGUCACGUCAUUGGAAAAGAGAGUCAAGGAAACAACAACGGGGAUUGAAAGUGAAGCUGAAGCUUAUGUUAAUGUAGCCGGUGCUUCUCAUAAAAAGAAAGCUUUAUUAGGAAGAUUCGUACGAAGAUCAAGUAAAUUAAUGGGAAGAUUUUUCACAUGCGGAAAGAGGGAAGAAUAUGGGUGUAAAUUUGUAAUCAAAUUGUAUAAUAGUGAUGAAUUAUGA